UACACUCAGUGUAGGAAGAUCUGCUCCUUUAAGAGAUGGAGAAGAAAGCUCAAAGUCUUUCAAUAUGGUGUUGGGAGGAGCCUGUUGAUGAAAUGAAACUAAACAGCAGAGCUGAAUGUUGAGGACCUGAAGACACUUUCUCCUUAUACAUUUUUCUGAACACUUGCCAGUCCCCUGAACUCACUCUUACUUUGGGAUUCAAGAGGGAAAAAAAGAUAAUUCAACAACACACAUCAUCUCAGGCAUGGCAUCAGCUAACAAUCCACAGUCUGAAAUGCAGUUAAUAUGCAGUAUCUGUGAGGAGGUGCUCAAGAAACCAGUCACAACCCCAUGUGGGCACAACUUCUGCAUGGAUUGUAUCAGAGAAUACUGGAAAAACAAUGUCCUGUGCCAGUGUCCACAGUGCAAGGAGAAAUUCCCUAACAUAUCUGAGCUACAAGUCAAUACUCAAUUAUCUAAAAUGGUUGAUGAGUUCUGGAAUCCAUUUGUGGUAAAUAACACAAGCCCCCAGGACCAAUGCCUGGACCAUCCUAGAGAGGUGUCCCAUGAUAUCUGUGUUGGGAGGGAGGUCAAGGCUGUGAAUUCUUCUUUUGAGGCCUCUUACUGUGAGACUCCCCUGGAGCUCAAUCAGAGAGUCACAACCUUGAGGAGACAACAGCAUGUAGAGAAUCCUGAAGAACAUAUGUGUGAGAGGCAUGGGAGAUGUCUGGAGUUCAAGACCGACUACAAUACCCACAACACUCUCCCUCUUGAAGUGGAAACCAGAAAGAAUAAUGUACAGUUAGGAAAGGCUGAAGUGCAGCAGAUGAUUCAGGGCAGACAGCAGAAGGUUAUUGAGAUCAGAAAUAGUCUACAAUCUAGCGGAAUAAAUGCAGAGCAAGAGGUAGAGAACAGUUGUCAGAUCUUUAGAGCUUUAAUGCGCUCCAUUGAAAGAAGCCAGGCUGAACUCAUUGAGGUGAUUUCGGAAAAGCAAAAGGAAACUAAAAGGCUGGCUGAAGGGCUCAUUAAAGAGCUGGAGCAGGAAAUCACUGACCUAAAACUCCUCCAGAGCUCACCAUCCCUGUGCACCUCUCCACCCACCAAGGACUGGUCUGAGAUCAGGAUUCAGAGUAUUGAGAAUGUCGGCAUGGUGAGGAAAGCUGUGAAGAGAGCUGGCUCUCAGUUUGAAGACGCACUGAAGAGUGAAUUGAAGAGGUUGUGUGAGGCUGAGCUCAAGGUUAUUCAGCAGUGGUCAGUGGAUGUAACUCUGGACCCUGAUACAGCUCAUCCCAAUCUCACUCUCUCUGAAGAUGUGAAACAACUUAGACAUCCCGGUAGACGACAAAACUACCCUGGCAAUCCAGAGAGGUUCUUCUAUAUUGCCAGCAUCCUGGGAAAGGAAGGCUACUCCUCAGGAAGAUUCUACUACGAGGUGCAGGUGAAGGGAAAUACUCUCUGGAGUGUAGGAGUGGCCAGAGAGUCCAUUAAAAGAACGAUUUAUGCAGCAAAGCCUGAGAAUGGACUCUGGACUAUCCAGCAGGGGAAAGGGAAUGUCUACAGGGCCUGCACCACUGACCCUACACCCCUCUCCCUGAGUGAGAAGCCCCAGAAGGUGGGGGUCUAUGUGGACUAUGAAAAUGGUGAGGUCUCCUUUUACAAUGCCCAGGCCAAGUCUCAUAUCUACUCAUUUACCGAUUGUUCCUUCACUGAGAAACUUUACCCGUACUUCAACCUUGGGGUUUGUGGCAUUGACAAAAUGUCAGCACCGUUGAUCAUCUCUCAUGUGAGCCAAUCAGAUUGAGAUUUAACUCGUAUCGAUUAAAUUCUAAAGUAAACUGAACAUUCCAUGCAGUGAUUUAUAUUGAAUAUUUAGAGAGGUAUAUAUUGUAUCUUACCAGGAAAUCUAGAAUCACAUUUGCUGGACUGUAUUGUGAUGUCCUUUACGAUUGUAUGAUGACAUACUGAAAAUGCAGCUCAUUACUAAUCCUGCCCCAAUAUGUCUCUGUAUCUAAUUUAUGUGCAUACUUUUUUCAAUGGCUUUGGUAUUUGGGCAGGUCCUCAAAUAAUCUUCUGGGCUACAGCACAAUAAAAGCUUUGUGAACUCCUACAUAAUAUGAACAGGAAGUGUGAAUGUAUUAGAUACAUGGCAACCAUAAUACAUGGUUCAGCUGAGAGAGUCCUGUCAUGUGAAGGGUUAAUUCAGCCAUGUACUGUACCUUUAAAAGCAGCUGCAUUUCAGCUUAGCAGUAAGGGACCAGGACAAGCCAUGGUAAUGUCACCUUCUAAAAUGAGACUCGACUAGAGAACUUUGUGUUUUAGCAUGACAAAAUCCCCUCACAAAUCUCUCUACACAGCCCAGUACAAAAUAAAUCGUCUUUGACUUGCUGUUCUUCUGAAGACAGAGACCCAGACAUGGCUUCCGCCAGCAGCCUGCUGUCCGAGGAUCAGUUCCUGUGCCCCAUCUGUCUAGACGUGUUCACCAGCCCAAUCACCACCCCGUGUGGACACAACUUCUGCAAGGACUGCAUACAUGGCUACUGGCAUAUCACCAGCCCGUGCCAGUGUCCCAUGUGUAAGCAGAAAUUCAGCAGAAGACCUGAGCUCAAAGUCAAUACUUUCAUAGCUGAGAUGGCCGAUCAGUUCAGAAGGUCAGUUGAAAUUAGGGCUACUGCUACUAGUACACAGUACCAACCCCAAGCAGCCCAACCUGGAGAAGUGCCCUGUGACGUCUGCACUGGGAGGAAAAUCAAGGCCUUGAAGUCCUGCCUGGAGUGUCUGGCCUCUUACUGUGAGACUCACCUAGAUCCUCACCAUAUACUGGCCACCUUCAAGAAACACAAUCUGAUUGAGCCUGUGAUUAACAUAGAGCACAGAGUGUGUAAGCGGCACCACAAAAUUGUGGAGCUGUUCUGUAGAAGUGACCAGACGUACAUGUGUCAGGUUUGCACUGAGAAAAGACAUAAGAAACACAAUGUUGUCCCUUUGGAGGAAGAAAGCAGAGAGAGGAGGGCUCAGCUGGGGAAUAUGGAAGAUGUCAUGCAGCAGAUGAUUCAGGGUCGACUGCAGAAAGUGAAGGAGAUCAAACACACAGUACAAUCAGGCAAAAUAAAUGCAGAGAGAGAGAUUAGGGAGAGCUUGCAGGUCUUCACUGCUCUGGUGCGCUCCAUUCAGAGAAGCCAGGCUGAGCUCAUUGAGGUGAUUGAAGAGAAGCAGAAGGCAGCAGAGAGUCGGGCUGAAGGGCUCAUUAAAGAGCUGGAGCAGGAAAUCACAGAGCUAAAGAGGAGAAGCACUGGGGUGAAGCAGCUCUCACUCACUGAGGACCACCUCCACCUCAUCCAUAGCUUCCCAUUCCUGUGCACCCCUCCACCCGCCAAGGACUGGUCCGACAUCAGAGUUCAAAGUGUUGUGUACGUAGGAACAGUGAGGAGAGCUGUCAGGAGAGCUGGAUCCCAGUUUGAGGAGACACUGAAGAAUGAAGUGAAAAGAUUAUGUGAAACAGAACUUACAAGAACUCAGCAGUGUGCCGUGGAUGUGACGCUUGACCCUGAUACAGCUCACCCUAAACUUAUCCUCUCUGACAACGGUAAACAAGUGGCCCACGGCAAUACAGCGCUGAACCUUCCUGACAACCCCGAGAGGUUUUACCCUGGUAUCAGUGUCCUGGGGAGGGAGGGCUUCUCCUCAGGGAGGUUCUACUACGAGGUGCAGGUGAAGGGGAAGACAGAGUGGGACAUAGGAGUGGGGAGAGAAUCUGUCAACAAGAAAGGAGGAAAUACCCUAAACCCUGAACAUGGCUACUGGACAGUAGGCCUGAGGAACAGGACUGAAUACUGGGCUCUGACGACCCCUCCUGUCCCCCUGCCAUUGGUCGAUAAGCCCCAGAGGGUGGGGGUGUACGUGGACUGGGAAGGGGGGCAGGUGUCCUUUUACGAUGUGGAUUCCAGAUCUCAUAUCUACUCGUUCACCGGUUACAUCUUCGCAGAGAGACUCUAUGCAUACUUCAACCCCCGAAAGAAUAACGGUGGGGUCAACUCAGCGCCGUUGGUGAUCUCUCCUGUCAGUGACGUUACCUCCUCACCUUAACCAUUCACCUAUCACCUCUUCUUAGAAUAGGACACUGAGUGUUGUGUCAGUUUUAUUUGUUAAAGAAGCUUGUGCCACAAUAUAUUUUCUCUAUAUCUUGUAUUGUGUGGUUGAUUUAAUAAAGAUAUAAUUCAUAUUAAUAAAGGUUCAUAAAAGUU